GGAAGCUCAAGUUGUGGCUCACAUGUUUGCAGUGGAAGGUUAAACUUCACAGCUGAUGCAGAUUGUCUGCUCCACACCAAACCAUUCCAUUUGUCCAAAACUCAUAACCAUCCACCAACCUCUUCAUCUCUUUUUAGCCUAUAAAUUGCCUCGAGGCUCCCUUCCUUGAUCUCCAUCACAGCACAUUGAAUCACUCGCCAAUGGCUAACUCCAUAGCUCUCUUGUUUCUCUCCCUCGCUCUUUGCUUUCUCCUCCCUAGCCCCUCUCUCGCCCAAUUCAGCUUUGGCCAGCAGGGCUUCGGCCAGCCGUUGUUGAGCCAACGUCGUCUUGGCUACCGGAGCCAAUGCCAGCUCGAGCGCCUCGCCGCCCUCGAACCCACGCGUCGCGUGCCGUCGGAGGCUGGCUUCACCGAGUACUUUGACCAAUUGAAUGAGCAGUUGCAGUGUGCCGGCGUAGUCGCCUACCGCCGCACCAUUCAGCCGAGAGGCCUCGUCUUGCCUUACUACUCCAAUGCCCCUAAACUCGUCUACAUAGUCCAAGGUAGGGGUAUCUCUGGAACCGUGAUUCCUGGUUGCCCAGAGUCAUUCCAAUCUCUACGACAAGGUUUUGAGCAACAAUGGGAAGAGGAAUCGGAAAGCCAGAGCCAGCGUUUCAGGGACGAGCACCAAAAGGUUCAAUUCUUCCGCGAGGGCGAUGUUCUCGCAUAUCCUGCCGGCGUCGCUAAUUGGGUCUACAAUAACGGUGAAGUUCCUAUUAUAGCAAUCGCUGUCGCCGACACAAGCAGCAAUGCCAACCAACUCGAUCGCCAACACAGACAAUUUCUAUUGGCGGGCAGAGAGAGGCAAUCCCAAGAGCAAAUCGCACAGGUAGAAGAGAGAUUCCAGCAACAGAAGGGGAAUAACCUCCUGAGCGGCUUCGAACUCGAACUACUGGCUGAGGCUCUGGGAGUCGACAAGGAAGUCGUGAGGAAGAUUCAAAAUCUAAACGAUAACAGAGGUGACAUUGUUCGCGUGGAGAAGGGGCUACAGAUGUUGGAGCCACAGAGACGUGCUGAGCAGGAAGCUCAAGAGCAAGAGAGAGAGGAAAGAGAAGAGACACAGGAGAGGAGGGGAUCGUCAUGCGAACGUAAUGGAUUGGAGGAAACCUACUGCACCCUCAAGAACAGACAGAACAUAGCCAAUCCCACUCUUGCCGACUACUACAAUCCACGCGCUGGAAGACUGACUAGCCUCAACGUCCAAAAGCUUCCCAUCCUUCGGUUCAUCCAACUCAGUGCCGAAAGAGGAGUCCUUCGACGGAAUGCAAUUCAACCACCUCACUGGAAUAUCAAUGCUCACAGUAUCAUGUAUGUGGUAAGGGGAAGUGGUCGCUUGCAGGUGGUUGGCCACCGAGGUCGAACCGUGUUCGACGGUGAGCUCCGUCAAGGACAACUGUUGGUGAUCCCACAACAGCACAUAGUGAUCAAGAAGGCACAGAGCGAGCAAUUCGAGUGGAUCUCAUUUAAGACCCAUGAGAAUGCGUUUGCGGGCCAUAUUGUGGGUAAAACAUCUGUUCUUCGAGGGAUUCCAGUGGAGGUGCUGAUGAACUCCUACCGCGUCUCGAGGGAGGAGGCUCGGAGACUCAAGUUCAACAGAGGAAACGAGAUCGCAAUCUUUAGCCCCCGACAGGAGAAGGAAGAUCGAGCUACUGCGUAACAUAUUGGAGAGUGUCGUCACAGAAUAAAUAAUCAAGGCUCUAAUGGAAUAAUAAUAAUAAGGCUGUAUAUCUAGGAUCAAAUAAAGCCUUGAUUGUAGUUUUGA